UCCACCUACACACAGCCCACAUGGGAUCAUAGCCACAAACUGGGAGUGUAAAGUCAACCAAGAAAGACUCAGAGGAACAAUGAGGACCACCAGGCUCCGAGCAUUUUUCUUAGUGUUGGCCACAGUAGCUGUCCCCUACAUCAUCUUUAUCAGAAGAGACGCCCGCUCCCAUGGGAAGAGUCUGCAGCCAUCUCAGCGCAGAGAGAUGAACAGAAAUGAGGAGAUCCUCAGAAGGCUGGAACAGAUGGAGGAUCACAUUGAGAGACUAGUGAGAUCAAUUGAUCGUAACAGUGAACAAACUAGAAAGGCUGACAAGGAGAUGCUGGCAAAAAAUGAGAACCUGGUCGCUCCUGUGAAGAAGCUCUAUCCAAAGUCACUGCUUUUCCAAACCUGGGGUGAGCAGCUCUCCGAGGAAGAGCAGAAGGAGGCAGAGGAGCUCUUUCGUAGAUAUGGAUACAAUGCUUUCCUUAGUGACAGACUGCCACUGAACAGAAAGAUCCCUGACACAAGAGACCCCAGGUGUAAGAGGAGGGAAUACCCUGAGAAUCUCCCUACAAUCAGUGUGAUCCUAAUUUACCUGGAUGAAGCCCUGUCCAUCAUCAAGAGAGCCAUUCGCAGCAUCAUUGACAGGACGCCAGCCAAACUGCUGAAGGAGAUCAUACUGGUGGACGACAACAGCUCCAACGAGGAAUUAAAAGGCAGUUUGGAUGCCUACAUCGGCAUCAUCCACAAGGAGCGUCCUGGUCUGGUGAAGAAAGUGAGACACAAGGAGCAGAUGGGAUUGAGCCAAGCCCGUAUCUCAGGGUGGGAGGUGGCUACAGGGGAUGUGGUGGCUAUUUUUGAUGCUCAUAUUGAAGUCCAAGUACAUUGGGCAGAACCGCUGCUGACUCGGAUCAAAAUGGAUCGGACUUUGGUGCUGACACCUGUGUUUGACAAGGUGAAUUUUGAUGACCUGCAGGUCACUCUGUACUAUCCAGCUGCAGAUGGCUUUGACUGGGCUAUGUGGUGUGCGUACGAUGGCUUCAGACCAGAAUGGUACCAGCUCAAUGACAAAUCGCAGCCUGGGAAGAGCCCAUCUAUCAUGGGCAUUCUUGUGGUUGACCGGCUGUUUUUUGGAGAAAUUGGAUUGCUGGAUCCUGGAAUGAAAGUCUAUGGCGGUGAAAAUGUAGAGCUAGCAAUUAGGGUCUGGUUGUGUGGUGGCAGCAUUGAGGUGGUGCCCUGCUCCAGAGUUGCUCACAUAGAAAGGGCUCAUAAACCCUACCAGCGUGACCUCAGCAUCACCAUGAAGAGGAAUGCACUGAGAGUGGCUGAGGUGUGGCUGGAUGACUACAAGAAAAAUGUUUACAUUGCCUGGAACCUCCCGCUCAAGGAUCAUGGGGUAGACUUUGGUGAUGUGACAGAGAGGAAGAAGCUGAGGGAAAAGCUGAAAUGCAAGCCCUUUCAGUGGUAUCUGGACAAUGUAUAUCCCAUGCUGGAUCCUUGGAAUGACCUCUUUGGCUUUGGUGCUCUGAAGAAUGACUUAAGAAAGGAUCUUUGUGUUGAUCAAGGACCCCUCCCUGGGCAUACACCAAUUGUGUAUACAUGCCACUACUUUACUCCUCAGUUAUGUUACUACCGAACAAAUGGGGAGCUCUAUAUUGGGGGCAUCAAGUCACACAAGCAUGUAGAGAAUCGGUGUCUGGUGGAUACUGGUGAAAUGCCAGGGCUGUACAACUGCAAAGAGGCAAAGAAGAAAGGGUUCCAUAUGUACUGGGAAUUCAAACAGGGCGAGGCAAUAAUGAACAGGGAGACAAACAGGUGCCUAGAGAUCCGCCUUGGCACCGACGCUGACUAUCACCUUGUCCUUCAAGAGUGCAGCUGGCAACACUGGACCAUAGAGCAUGUCAUCACAGAAUAAGGAACUGUGAAGGUGCAGGCUGGGCUGGAGCUGACUGGAUCAGAUUUGGAGACAAUUCAAUUCCUACCUUCCCUAG